AUGUUGGCUUUCUGUCGCGACGUCCACUCCCGGACGAAUCCGAAAGGGUUGCCCCACAUUAAUAGAGUAAAGGCCUUCUGUAAGGCAUUUUUCCGUGGCGGUGACCCAUUGAUUAAGCUUGCGUGCGACAAUGUCCUCAACAGUAUUCACAAUUUAGACUCUGCUACAAUCUUUCAAACGCUAGCACAAGCUGUCGAGACCCAGGCGAAGAUAGACGAGCUCCAGAACACGACGGAGCUACAAUACGACAGUAUACGGGUUACCAUGUCUAGCCAUCACACUGAAGUAAUUCAGACCAUCUCCCAUUUAGCCACAUUCACCAAGAAAGACCAUGAUCUGGUAAAGGAAUUUGUCCAGGAAAUGGCGGUAGCCAGGAUGGUCGGAAUAGAGAGGGACUUCGCAAAGAAAGAUACGGUCAUCAGCACUAGAUCAACAGAAUUUGAGGCUUUCAAGGCUUUGACAAAGUCCCUCUCAACGGGCGCGGAGACGUACGUGACUCGACAUUUAUCCAAACUCAAGCAAAUUCACAUCCCCGGUAUUUUUGGCUGGAUCGAGCAGAAGGCUCCUUAUAGAGAGCUAUGCGCAAGGACACAAAGAACUUUAUAUGUAAGCGGCGAUUCUGGAAUGGGAAAAUCAUUUUUCGCAUACUCUAUCUAUUUGAAGCUGCGUGCCGAGAUUUGCCCUGCAUCUUCAGUCGCUGUCGCCUAUUUUGUCUUUGAUAGGGCCAUAGAAGAGCUGCAGAAAGCCAAAAACAUGUGGAAAUUCUGCGCUCUACAAGUUGCCCAGCAGAACCCGAGAUAUCAAAGGUAUCUAAGAGAUCUUAUCGAGAACGAUGGUGGCUCAGAGCAAGGUUGGGGCGAGUUAUUCGGAAUAGAAACCGCAAAUUUAAAGGUCAAAACGGAAACACAAUCUAAUAUGAGCUUAAAGGAAAUCUUUAUCGUUAUCGAUGGGGUGGACCAAAUGGAACAAAGAGAGAGGGAUAGCCUCAUGGGGCUGGUGAGAAGUGAAAAGAAUCCCCUAUCGACUACACUAAAAACCCAUUUCGUCCUUGUCGGGUCUACAAAGAGCUUUUUGUCCUAUGACACAGGAAAGCAAUUGAUAUUAUUAGACAAGAUGAAUCUUCGCCAAUCCGGAAGUUUUGGGGUGCUAACCCAACAUAGGUUGAGUAGUCCCCAGUUCCAAGCUUUGGCAAAGCUAGGGCACUCUCUCAAAUGGAGGAUCCUUAUAUCAAUCGAAAGUAACGCCGACACCUUUUUUUAUAUUGAUCAUAUGCUUCGUCGGCUUGACGCUCUCGGAACCAAAGACCUUAUACAAAUGGAGAUUUCCAACCCCCCGAAGAGCAAAGAUGAAAUCUACAAAUCUAUACUCGAGGAGUGCGCCCAAGCAUAUAACACAGAGACGCAGGAGACACUGGGAUACUUAAUCAUCUGGCUAGCUUACUCCAAAGUGCCCUUGGGCCUCAAGGCAGCACAAAAACUUUUAGACAAGAUGGCGGCGCUAGCGCCCUCAGGCGCAUCAAUAAAUUUAAAAGACGAAAUAGGCAAAAUGAUGUCAAAGAUUUUAGCCAUUUCGGAUCCCGACUGCGAGGAACCGGACAAUAUCUAUUCGGGUCAAUAUCGCGAAGAUUUUAUUAUCAAUUUCCAAGAGUCCCAUUUACACGAGUACUUCAGAAUUGGGAACGAUGGGCUUAGUGAGCCUCUUCGGCCAUCUGCGUUGAUGGGCCGCUCGAUGCUGCUAAAAAUGUCACUCGCUGUUCUCGCCGAGGAGAUCGAAGAUAUCUCACCAAGCGAACUAAAGAAAAUGCAGGCUUUCGCUGCAAAGUCCUGGCAUUCAACUGUGAGCGAAAUUUUAGAGCUACUAAACGACGGCGCUUCGGGCGGUCCUUUUGUCAAAUCCGUUUCGGAAUAUCUCUUAGAAUUUUUGCAGGCUAAGAGCGGUGGGGUUGAAAUAUUAGAAAACUUACAAGAUACCCCACCCAAGCCGAGUGAUUUAGAGCGCUUUAGUAUCUUGGGUGAAGAAGAGGACGACCAGGUCAGGCUUCUGGAGGAAAUUGUGGCACUGAUCAACAAGGCCGCUUCAUCAGAUGACGAGGCGGCCGCCAUCACGUCCGUGUCAAUCGCCACAUACAUCGCCAAGAGCCACACCAGAAAUUUCUUAACAGCCAAGGACCCUGCUGCGGCAUGCAAGUCAUCCAGGUUCGCUAUUCAAGCUCUAUAUAUUCUCGGAACAUUCGAACCUAGGACCUUCAACAACUACACCGAGUUGUCAGAUGCAUUCUUAGAGUAUGAAGCCGCCACAGAGGAUAGCCGUACGUGCAAGCUUCUAGAGGAAGUUAUUAGGUUCGAAGGAAGCCAGUUGGAGCCCCGUACGUACGGUCAAAUAUCUAUGGCCCUCUUUCGCAAUAGCAAGAGAGGCAGUUACCGCGAGGACAUUGUAGCCGCCGAAAAGGGCCUCGAAAUCACCACGACGCCGGGGGAAAGGUUGUUUCUAAGAUAUAGGGUUGCCGCCUCGUACUUAGCUUUGUUGAAUCUGCAUGACUGUGGAUAUGGGUACUGCGGUGCUCGACUCCGAGAUAUGUGGGAGGCUAUUACGACGGAAUCAGGUCAGCGAAAUCUAAAGAGAGCUAGGGAAUAUUGCGCCGAAGCAGUGGAAGCUGCACAGGCUAUUAGCGAUAAGGCUGAAGAUUAUUCCGAACUCAAGCCAACCAUCAACUUGGUGUUCCAGAUGAUGGCCUUCGUGGAGAUUCAACUUGAAGAACACCGUGGAAACUUCCUGUCCACAAUGGGCUUGGCGGAAUCGGCAUCUUCUCCUGAUACGCGGAGACAUUAUUUAAACGAAAUUAUUCACGUGCUCGGGAAGAUGAAACAAUGGGACGCCAUUUUAGAACUUACAAAGAUAGUGGAUAACCCUCUAGUAGAUCCUGUAUACGGCAUACUAUCUCCACUCGCAUAUGAUUACAUCCGCGGGGCAGCGAGGCGAUGUGAAGGGGUUGAUCACAUCCGGGAAGUCUAUCGCAAGGCGGACUUUGAACAAAUUGGGCAGGAUCGACGGAAUUCCACCAUUGCUUUUAUAGCACUUCAGCAUGGGUCAUUUGAGCUUUUUGUUGGCAUGGAACUCGAUAAGGCCAAGCAACGACUUGAAAGAGUUCUGGAUUCAAAAUAUGAUAAUUUUUGGUUAAGGUUAGCUAUCGUACGCCUAUCGAAUAUCGCUCUCCGGAAUUUUGACUACGCGGAAACCUUUGAAGAGAAAGAAGUCGCCAUGAUUGAAGCCGAAAGAGUUGUCCAGAAAUACCAAAGGUUGCAAGGAUUUGAGUUUAAACUGGAAUUAUCGUUAAUCGCGAUUCCGCUUGCUAGCAUGCGGAAAAAGCUAGGCCCAGCUCGCGAUUUCUACACCGCGCUAAAUAAAUGUUUCGACGCUUGCAUUGAAGCACUUUCUGAUGACUCACCCUCCAAUGACUCAGACAGUCUCGUAAUGCUUGCGAGAGUAAUAUGCCUUGUGGUUGAUGACCCGACAGACAGAGAAGGCUCAAGGGGGCAGUAUAAGAAGCAAAAUGAUCGAGGGGGCGAGGUUAUUGACGAGUGGUUUAGCCGCGAAGACGAUGACGAAGAUUGGGAGGAUGCAAAGAAUAAGGGGGAUGAAGAGGGUAAACAUAGGAACAACGACGAUGAUAUUGGGGGCGAUGAAGAAGCCGAGGAAAAUGAAGAAGCCGAGGACACUGAAGAGGCUGAGAACGAUGAAGAAGCCGAGGAAGAGGAUGAUGAGGAGAAUGAGGAGGAUGAGAAGAACGACAGCCCAGGAGAAGUGACUCCCCUCCUUGCGAUCUCUGAGAACGGAACAAACAAACAAGAAAACUAUCUCCGAGAGUUGUGGAAAGACGCUCAGCUGGCAUUAUCCUGUAGCUAUUACACCGUAACUGAGAGCGGACGGUAUUAUGAUAGCGACUAUUUUCAGAUGUGUGACAUCUGCUCUGAAGAAAUUAAGGACGUUAGCUCUACCUUGAAGGCGUAUAUAUGCUUGACCUGCAUAAACAUGGACAUUUGCGCCGGCUGCUACGAAGAGAGGGAAGAUGACAGUUGGAUCUGCCCGAAGAGUCACAAAUAUUUGGAAUAUCCCCCUGAUGAUUUUAAGGGCGUCGAAGAGUGCCGGUUGGUAUUUGAAGACAAGGAAGUCGAAUUUGCAACAUGGCGUGAUGGUUUAAGACAGAAGUGGGAAGCCUCUUGGAAACAUUACUGUUCGACAUAUUGGUCGCUUUAG